AUGUCGGAGGUGGAGGCCAACGCCGGCGGCGGGGGAAAGAAGCAAGACCGAUUCCUGCCUGUCGCCAACAUCGGGCGCAUCAUGCGCCGCGCGGUGCCGGAGAACGGAAAGAUCGCUAGGGACGCCAGGGAGUCCAUCCAGGAGUGCAUCUCCGAGUUCGUUAUUUUUCAUCUCUGCAGGGCGAGUGACAAGUGCGUCAAGGAGAGGCGAAAGACCAUCAACGGUGACGACAUCAUCUGGUCCUUGGGUACGCUCGGCUUCGAGGAAUACGUUGAGCCCCUCAAGAUCUACCUCAACAAAUACCGGGAGACAGAGGGUGACACAAAGGGUUCAAAGUCUUCUGAUCAGAAUGGAAAGAAACAGAUGUUACCCAAUGGUGAACUUGGAUCAUCGGUAAUAUUUACUUUCUGGUUGCAAAACUGCCACCAAAUAACCCUCUUCCUAAUCUGUUACUUCACAUCUCCUCUUUCUAAAAUAGGACUAAGUACAACAACAUGGAGCCGGAUGCUAUUGAUUUCUUUGGGGAAUGUAUGAAUAGUCCCCAAAAUGGUCGUACUCCGCUUGCAAAUGAGAUAUAUGAGCAAAUGGUUGCAGAGAAGGAAAGAGAGCUAGAAGAAGGAGAAGCACAAAAGUCACCCUCCAAGAUUGUUGCUGAUAGUCUCAGCCAGAUCAGUCGCUCAUCCACCUUCCUUCCAAACAUUGGUGUCUGUUUGAAUGCUUCAAACCUUUGUGGUGGAACCUUUGUAUGUUUGAACCUCUGUUGUGGAAGAACUAGUGUGUUGGA